GAAGUAGGCCACUGUAGGCUAGUUUACGUUGUUAGUAAGCCUAGCGCCUACCCGUUGUCUACUAAAGAACAGGUUAUGUGAACUUUGAACUGAAAGCAAACUUGCCCCACAUCGAUACAAACAAUACCUUCACUUUAUCGGAAUGCUGCGUUACUUGAAAAAACCCUUGGAAACCGAAACGUCAACAAAUGGCAAAUAAAUGUGUGAUCCGCUCGUAUAAUAAAAAAUACCAGUUUUCUGGGAUAUCAACUUGGGAAUAAGGAAAAACAAAUGAGCAACUGAGUUUUGUUGAAGGUGCAAACAGCCAGUGCAUUGAGCAGAAUGGUUGUAGAAGGUCACAACCGUGUUAUCCCAAAAGGUCGGACCUUCUCUGUACAGUACUCCCUGCCCAAGCUGUUUGUCCCACCCCUAGACCAGACCUUGAAGAAAUACCUGGACACAUGUCGGCCUCUCUUGACUGAUGAGCAGUACAAAGCCACAGAGGAGAUCGUGGAGAGGUUUAAGAACAAAGAGGGACCAAAUUUACAAAAAUUAUUGGAAGAAAGGGCACAGAACCACACAAACUGGCUCUCUGAUUGGUGGAAAAAUAUAGCCUACCUUGAAGGUCGUGAACCUAUUGUGAUAAAUGUUAACCCCGCAUUGGUGUGCCCUAGACAAGACUUCAGGGGCUUGAAGGAACAAAUUGAGUUUGCUGCUAGAUUUAUUGCUGGUGCACUUGACUACAAAAUUCUGCUUGAUGAACAAAGAGUUCCUGUUGAUACUUUAGGUGGGAAACCAUUGUGUAUGGUGCAGUAUUACCAGCUGAUCAAUGCCUGCAGAAUUCCAGGGGUCAAGAGAGACUCGCAUGUGUGCAUACCCCCCACUGACCCCAACCAGCCGAGGCACAUCAACAUCAUUCACAAGAAUCAUAUUUUUUCAGUAGAUGUCUAUGGUAGCAAAGGGGAACCACUCAGUAUUAGCCAGCUCCAGCAACAGAUACAGUACUGUGUAGAUCAUAGCCAGGUUUCUGCGGAUCCUGUGGGAAUAUUAACAACUCUGGAUAGAACUUCUUGGGGCAAACUCUAUGCCAGUAUGGCUAAAGACAAGGCAAACAAGGCAGCUUUUGAAAAUAUCCAGCAAAGUAUUUUUAUCCUGUGUCUGGAUGGGCCUUACCCUCAGGAUGAAGGUCAGCAAGCUGCAGACUUGGCAGCUUCCAUUUUUAUCCACGGGGGUGGAAGCAAAUUAUAUUCUGGAAAUAGAUGGUUUGACAAAACAUUACAGUUUAUAAUCAACUCAGAAGGCUUUAUUGGUCUCAACUAUGAACAUACAACUGCUGAAGGCCCAGCUAUCAUAGGACUUUAUGAUCAUAUAUUAGGAUUUAUAGAGAGGAACCAAGAGUCACGGGUAGAUGCUGCCGAUGUUCAGGCCCCGCUGCAACUCAGCUUUAACGUCAGUGAUAAAACAAAGACUGUGAUAGACAAGGCUUGUUACCAACUCAACACAUCUGCAGAAGACUUGAUGAUUCGAUGUUUAUUUUUUACAGAAUAUGGUAAAAAUUUUAUCAAGUCCCAAAAAUUAAGUCCUGAUGCUUAUAUUCAAAUAGCAUUUCAGUUAGCCUAUUAUAGAAUCUACAAGCAGCCUUGUGCAACGUAUGAAACAGGAUCACUUAGAAGAUUCCAGCUGGGUCGCACCGACACUAUAAGGUCAUGCUCCAUUGCUUCCCUUGCAUUUACCAAGGCCAUGGAUGACCCCGCGGUACCUGAGGUCACCAAGGUGGAUUACCUGAAGAAAGCUGUAGCCUCACACAGGAAGUACACUGAUGAUACAAUAUCAGGAAAUGGAAUAGACAGACACCUUUUAGGACUAAAGUUGAUAGCUAUUGAAAAUGGAAUGAAUGUGCCUGAGAUUUUUAUGGACUUAUCUUAUAAAGAAAGUACACACUUCAGGCUAUCUACAAGUCAGGUCGCAUCAAAAUACGCUUCCUUGCUUGCCUUUGGUGCUGUUGUACCUGAUGGCUAUGGGCUGUGUUACAACCCGCAGGAUGACCAGUUGAUUAUAUCCGUCUCCUCCUACAAUAACAACCCCCAGACCAACUCGGACACAUUUGCUCAAAGUUUGACAACGUCGCUACGCGACAUACAAAAACUACUGGCAAGUCAUCCUCAGUCCAAAUUAUAAUGCAAGAACUAGAAUAAAAAAUGUUUACUGUAGGCUUUUAAUAAAUUUGUGUGUACUUGUGUGGGCUGUUUCUCAAAUUUAAACUAAGCAUUGGUUAAUUAGUAUUUUCUUUUUACUUUUUGAAAUGUUAUUGUUUAGCAAAAAAAAAUUAAAUGGGGAGAAUUUUAAAAAUUAGUGAAAUGUUAUCGUUUUACUAACAUUUAAAUUUUAAAAAAAGGAAAAUUACGGAAAUUAGUGUGUGGUAGAAAAUUCAUAAGUUUCAUAGAAAAAAACAAUUGAAUGUUUAAGUUUAAUAAACAUUAAAUCUAUGGUAAUAACAGUACAUAUGGUUAUCAGCUAUUGACAAAUGUGCUCUGUUUAUAUUUUUAUCUUGUUUUUCUCUCAGGAAAGACAUAUAAACCAAUCAAGAGGUUUGAAAAUUUAGUUUCAAUUACUUCUCAUAGGCCUUUAUUUUUUAAUAAUUUUUUUAAAAAAUGUCUGAUGAAGAUUUACAAUUUACCAGAUUUUCAUUUUAUUUUUUUUUAUAUUUUUGCACUAGUCUAGAAAUAAUCAGGUUUUAUUUCUUACUGUCAUGCUUAAGAAACUUUCUUUUACAUAAUUUCCCUUAUUUUGUAAUGAUGUAUACUACUAACCGGCCAGAAAAUUGGUACAGGUGCCUAAACUGGAUAGUUUGCCAGAACUUUCUGUAAUUAUCCCUAUAAUUAAAGUUCUGGAGAAUAGAUUUGAAGGAUUUAUCACAGUAUGAAGAACGAUUCAUAAAGUUCAGAAGCUGAAUGUUCAAAAUGUUCUUUAAUAAUUUGUUACAGCAUUGGCUAAUAUCAUUUUAUAAGAUUUUGUGGAGGAAAACUUGAAAUGUUAAAAUAUUUUCAUCUUCCUCAAAAAUAUUCUAGUAAAAUCCCUGUUGAAGACUUGUAGUGCUAAAAUGAAAUUUAAUUACAAUAAUUUACAAUUGCUGUCAAACAAUAACAACUUCACCAGAUUGUCUUAUUGUUUAUAAUAAGCAAUUUAUCAGUGCCUUUCGAUUCAUCCCGUCUUUCAAAUUAAAAAAAAAAUUACAGGUAUUCGAAAUUCUCUGUAUCAACAAAAACAUCAUUAUUAAAUCUCAAGACUUCAGGGGAAAAUGUUAAGAAAUAAGAGCAUUCAAUUAUAUUGUCUUGUUGUUUUAUAAAUACUCUUUCCACCCCCACCCCUCCCAUUUCUGUUUUGGGGGUCUCCUCAUUUUCAAUGUGAUUGCUAUUUAUGUGAAAAAAAAUCAAAGAAAUCUCAUUUAAUUUAUUUUCUUUUAGUUAUGGCUGUACUUUGUUCAUUUCCUUGAUUAGUUUAUACAUUCUAGGUUAGCCUCAGCAGAUUGAUGGUCCAUUAUUUACUUUAAACUUGCCUGAAUGAUGAAAAUUGUUUACACUGGGGCGAGUUUUGAGUAAGAAUUUCUGAAAUUAGUACGUUUUUCGCCUUGCUCGACUAACCACAAUCAAUGUAUUACAUUAAACUAGUCUUAAAAUGGUAGAAUCGGCAGCUAAUUUUUGUUUGGGUUUUUUUCUUUAAUUUAAUUAAUUUUGUGUAUGUUUUCACUUAAUUAACAUUUCAAGAAUGAAUGUUUGUUGAUUUGUUGUCAAAAUAUAAAGCUCUAGACUUUCAGUUUGAAUGAGGACAUUUUUUAAAAUUAUAAAUAUAGCACUCUGAUUGUUUCACUUUUACAUAAAUAUCUGUCUAAAAUGGCGCUGGUGUCAAAAUUUUAUCUCACCUCUUCUUUAUCACUUGUAAUAAUGUAUCAGCAGAUAUAUUUUAUCAUGUGCAUGUGGAGUUAUAUAGACUCUCUAUUCUUUUUUCAUACUAUGUCAAGAAUAAUUAUACAGAAUAAGCUUUUUAUGGUGUGGUGCACAGAAUAUUCAUUUUAAUUCUGCUCAUUAGGCUCAUGUUAAUAAUGUGUUAUUUAUAGAAAAAAAAAUUAUAAAUUGUACUGAUCUGUUGAGAGUUUGACUUCUGUGUGUUCAAAAGAUGUGUUCGUUGUAGGGUCUUUAUUUUGUGCACUUGAGAUAUUUUACAUGAAAAUUUUAUUUUGUUCAUAAUUCUAGCCGUACUUUAAAACCUGAAUGAAAGUUGAGCCCUACAUUUGAGAGUUUCUAUGGGCAUUAUUAAAAUACAGAAUUGCUAUAUUUUUUUUAACAAAAGACUUUUUUUUCAGCUACAACACUUGAGCUAAAAUGAGAAUUAAAAACGAUUGUUUUUAUUGACUGUUACUUGCAUGUGACAUUUUAAUUAUUCUCUGCUAACAGUCUUGUAUGUAUGUGGCGCAAUCUAAUUACAGACAAUAAUAUGUUGUAGUAGCUCAUACUUCAUCCAGAUGAGAUUGAAACCAUUCUAAAGCAGGGCUAUAGCUGUUCAUGUUCACCAAAUAUUGUGUUUAUAAAAAUAUAACCACUUCAAAUUUGGAUUUAAAGACUCAACAGUGUCAUUUCAAGAUUCUUGGUCAGUUCACUGAAUAUUAUUUUAGUUUUUAAUAAAAUUAUUUUCUUCUUAGAUAUUUUUUAUUAUUGUAGUAGUUGAUUAGUUGGUAGUUUCAGAUUUUUACCUAGGGAUAAUUAGCUUUAAGAAGAGCAGGGUGCUCAUGGAUUACAGGUUUGUCUUGAUGGUAAGGGGCAAGUUACUUUGGUGCUGUUAGCUGUGCUUUGAUUCUGUUCUGCUACACUCUUCUGUAUUUACCUAAUUCAUUUAUGUUGGAGUACUGAAAGAACAUGCAUGCUUUUUUUAUUGUAUUCUUUAGUAAGUAAUGUAGCAUUUAUGAAACCUAAGGAGGCUAACUCUGUUUUUUUUUUUUAAAUAUUAAUGAAUUGAGACAACUGCAAAUAAAGAAUAUGCUUUAUGUGUUGGACUGUUUUGGAGUUAUGUUUUUAUAAAUAGCAAUUUACUCUUGAAGAAAAUGUUUUAUCAUUGGCCAAUGGUAAUUAUUCAUUGUGUGUAUCAUCUGGAAUAAUGUGGCCUAUAGAGAUUCAAAUGUUAACAGUUAGCUCUAAUGCAAUUUACCUAAGUCACGGAAACAAACCACUUCAUCAAUCUUACUGACAAUCAGGUGUGAAAGAAGUGAGAGGGUUAUUUUUUUUUUAUUAAAAAGUUGUAAAUAGUUCUUAAUUUGACAAGAAUUGUAGAAUAUACAGAUGGUAUCCAUUAUGUUAUGUUAUCUUUGAUGUAAUAAAAAAACAUUUUGUUUU